CGAGUGGUUAAGGCGACGCCCUGCUAUUGUUAGCGGUUUAGGCGUUGGGAUUUUCCUUCGCAGGUUCGAAUCCUGUCUGUGACGCCAUGUUUAUUUUUCUUUUUUUUUUGAAAGUUCUCCAUACCAAUUAUACAGAGUCAACAUAUCCAUGAAAUAUUAUAUUAACUCGCUGUAUCUAUGAUUUAUAUUACAAUCAGAUAUCAAUUAAUAAUGACCAGCUACCAAUGUAAUCAUUAUAUAUUGUAUCUUGGUAUGACUGACUACUAGUAGUUAGUUAGCUGAAGUGAUUGUGUCCUGAUCUGAUUUCCUGUAUAAAAACCUCUCAAAAGAUCAUGAACAAAAAGAAAGGGCUGUUGGAAAAUUAUCUGUACCAAAAGUUUAUCGUAUUUCCAAUACUUUGUACGUCCAACCAGCCAUUAUCUCUAAGAUAUCAUGUCCCAAUCACUAAUAAUAUUUAGACGUUCAGGGAAGAUAGAAUAUCAAUCCAACAAUAAAGUCAGUCCCUUCAAUGAAUUCAUCUCCAGCAUUGUUAAUGAGACUCAUUUAGCGUUAGAUAAAAAUUUCUAUACUAAUAAUUUACAUCAAAAGAGAUUUUAUGGUUAUCAUAAAGAUAAUACAUUUGUGGCAUUAUACUUUGAUGCUGUCACUACUAUUGAUAGUGAAAGAGUCAAAGCUACUUUAAGUGGAAUUGCAAAGACAUUUAAUAAAUUGAAUGAAGAUAAUGAUGAUAAUGAUGAUGAUGAAGAAGUUCCUAGUAAUGACAAAUUGAAAAAGUUAAUCGAUUUACAGAUAAAUCAACUUAUCAAAUAUAAACAAGUUGAAACUCCUAAUCAAAGAGAUUCUCCUUCAAGUAGUGUGAAUAAUAGUGGUACUAGUACUCCUGUCAAGAAAGGUCAUGCUAAUAGAUCAUCCGCUAGCAAGAAAAUGAGAAAAUGGGAUGGAGGAAUCAUGGUUGAUGAUGUUGAAGAUAAAACUCUUGAUUAUUCAGAAAUACGAGAUGAUAGUGUUCCACCUGAAGAUGCUGAACCAUUAGAAAUCGAUGAAUCGGCAUUCAUUCGUCAAAAUGAUUUGGUUCUUGUUAAUGAAUUGAAUGAUAUUCUUGGUGAUUCUGAUAAUGAUGAUGAUUAUGAUGAUAAUGACGAACCUUCUGGUAAGAUAAGUGGAUUCUUUGGAAAAUUAUCUUCUUACUUGGGUGGAUCUAUUAAUGUUGAUGAAGUAUCUAAAAAAUUUAAUGAUCAUUUAAUUUCCAAAAAUAUUGCUCCUCAAACAGCAAAGAUUAUUAUAGAAAAACUUAAAGAUAAAUUAGGUAAUAAAAACGUUACUAUGGUUAAUUAUAAACAAGCAUUAACUGAAGAGUUAACCAAGAUUUUAACUCCAAACGUUUCCACUGAUUUAUUAUAUGAUAUAAAACGUAAUAAAGCUAAUGAUAAACCUUAUGUUAUAUCAGUAGUUGGAGUUAAUGGUGUUGGUAAAUCAACUAAUUUGGCUAAAUUAGCUUAUUGGUUUUUACAAAAUAAUUUGAGUGUAUUGAUUUGUGCAUGUGAUACAUUCAGAUCAGGAGCAGUUGAACAAUUGAAAGUUCAUGUUAAUAGUUUAAAACGUUUAAAUGAUCAAGUAUCGAAUGGUGAAGAUACUAAAAUUGAUAUCUAUGAAAAGGGGUAUGGUAGUGGUGAUCACGUAGUUCAAACUGCCAAAGGUGCUAUUCAACUCGCUGGCCAAGAGAAAUAUGAUAUAGUUCUUAUUGAUACAGCUGGUAGAACCCAUUCAAAUACAAAACUUAUGGCUCCUCUCAAGAAAUUUGGUGAUGCUGCUAACCCAGAUAGAAUUAUUAUGGUAGGUGAAGCCUUAGUUGGUACUGAUUCUGUUGAACAAGCCAUCAACUUCAACAAUGCAUUUGGAAAUAAGAGAAGUUUGGAUUUCUUUAUCAUCUCCAAAGUAGAUACCGUAGGUGAUAUGGUUGGAACUAUGAUUAAUAUGGUAAUGGCUACAAAAGUUCCAAUUUUAUUCAUCGGUACAGGUCAAACAUAUACUGAUAUCAAGAGAUUGAGUAUUAAAACUGUGGUUGACCAGUUAAUGAGAUAGUCUAGACUGACUAACUAAUAAUAAUAAUAAUAAUAAUGUAUACUACAUAGCAUAGUCUAGUAAAGUAAUGUAAAACUAAUAUAUAACAUGUUCUAAG